CGUAACAUCUCAUGUUUCCUAGCAACCGACGCUUCCACAUCGAUGGCAAAAUUUGUGGUGGCUGGUAAAGCAGAUUGCCCCUUUUAUGCUGAGGCGGAACGUUUGGCAGACACACUGCAACGAUCUCUGCCGAACUUCAGGGCCCACAAAAUCUGCGUUCUGCCUGAUGAAUGGGAGGGAUGGCUGGAUGGCACCUGCAGCAAAAAUGGAUGGAAACAUGAGGAGUCUCCUCUGGUUUGGAGAGAGCUGGUGGAACAGGGGGGGAAAGGUUUGCUUCUGGGGGGCUUGAGUGACUUCCUGAACCACUGUCAGGAUUACUACGGCGUGUCAUCAGACGUAAACCCAGACAUGAUGCUCAGUGUUGCAGCAGAGAACCUGGAGACACAGAUCAAACUUCUCCAAGAGGAACAAGAUCAUCUCAAUCUCGUUAAACCCAUUCACGUGUGGAUAACCGGGGCGGCCAGCCACACGUCCCGGAUCUUGAUUCCUAAUUUGCUCUCUGCUGAGAUUUUCCCCAAAGCUCCUGCUGUCAGCCUCCACCUCCUGGAUCUGGAUGAAAACGAGGAAGAACUGCAGAGGCUGAGAGAGGAGACCCAGAGCCUGGCUCUGAGCAUGCUCCGUCGGGUGACGGUUCACACGGAUCCGCAGCAAGCUUUCAGAGAAGCAGACGUCAUCGUUCUCUUGGAUGACACAAAUGGAGGGAGGAGAGGAGAAGGAGAGGAGGAAGAAGAAGAGAAGCAGGAAGUGAAGAGUGUUUGUAAUCGCUACAGAGAGUUUAGUCGACUCAUUGACGCUAAGGCCAACAAGCAGGUGAAGGUGAUCGUGUCCGGCGACUCCCACGUCAACUUGAGAUGCUCGCUGCUCGUGGAGGGUGCACACUCCAUCGACAGCCACCAGUUUGUUGCCGUGGCAACGCAGCUGGAAAACGAAGCCCGAGCUGUGGUGGCAGAGAAACUGGGAGUGAGGCCGACGGAGGUCACAGAGGUCAUCGUGUGGGGGAACAUCAGUGGCCUUUCCUAUAUCGACCUGCAGAGAGCAAAAGUCUUUAACUUUCAGGGACCAAUCAAGGGGCCGGCCUUUUUUCCCCAACCCAUCUCCAGGAUUUUACCUGACAGGAAAUGGUUGGAAACAAACUUGCAGGAUCUGGUGCGUCGGCGGCGUGACGCCGUGACUUCGAGGACUGGUCAAGCGGCCUCCGCCUCCGCCGCCAGCGGGAUCCUCCGAGUCCUGAAGGCUUGGCACGCAGGGGGAGGUCCAGACGAGAUCAUGUCUGCUGGGGUGCACUGCUCAGGCCUUUUCAACCUCAGAGAUGACAUCAUCUUCUCUGUUCCGGUCACGUUCGAAGGAGGGAAAUGGUCCAUGGUGUUGGAUGUGACCGUCGGAGAUGGGCUGAUGAGGAGGCUGGAGCUCUGUGCGGACGAGCUGUGGAGAAACAACAUGAACUGGAAAGCCAAGGAGAAAAACGUGACUGAAGAGAGAUUUCUUUCAGUUUGCUCUUUUAUUCUUUCACAUUUAAAGAUGCAGUUUUCCAGUUUUUUGACAGCAGAUCUUUCCCCCCUUUUUUUAAAUUUUUUUUUUUUUUAAAACUCUUUAGAACAGAAUCGUCAGACCUAAAAGUUCAAACUGAGCACUUUAUGGAAAAAGAAGACAUUAGAAAAUAUAUUCCUUCUUUUUUAACUCCAACAGCUCCUUCAGUAUGUUUUUAUAUUUAUAUAUAUAUAUAUAUAUACUGCAUCGCUCAAGAAUCUGUC